AAUCAUAAUAACAACAAUAACGUUUUAAAUACAAUACAUAAUUCCCCACGUGCUAUUACUACGGCAAAUCCUAUACUCACUUCGAAAAUUCAUGACAAAAUGCAUUUUUUUAAUGGAUUUGAAGACCUUGAAGAUUCCGAAUCUCAAACAAUUAAUCAUAGAUAUGUUUAUGACUUUGACCUUGAGACAAAUGAGAAGUGGAAUGAAACCACAAUUACUGAAAUUGCCGAAGCUUAUUUUAAAACCUUAAAAAAGGAACGAAAUACUUCUCCUGCUGCAAAGCUUUUGAAUGAUCAGCGUUCUCGACGCCCCGCAUUAAGCAAGAUUCCUGAAAAUCAACUAAAUUAUCCUAAAAAUGAAGUUGAGAAGUUAUUUUCCUUUGAGGCAACAUCUCCAGAAAUAUCUGAUAUUGAAGAAUCACCGAUAGCUAUUCCGUACGGAGAAGAUCAUAUUUCUGAAUCAUCUAGGAAGAAAUUACUGAUACCCGCUCUUCCUUGGAUAAGUGAUGAGGGAAUUCGUAUUCGCAAUCUCGCAGAUGAGGUAAUCCAACGACUUCGAGUAGAAAAAUUAAAUUCUGGAGGCCGUCAUUCUUAUAUUACCCCUAUGCCACGUGAAAUUAUUAAAAUGGAUGAUCCAAGGUGGAUAAAUAUGCAGCCAUUAAUUCCUGCAAAGCCAAGGGAUCUUCCGAUUUUGGCAUGGAAUCAAGUUGAUCAAAGCGAAUAUGAGCAUUUCGAUGAAUUUUAUGAUGACGAUUAA